AUGGAGGCAGGGGGGAGGGAAGAGAGGGAGGGAAGAGAGGGAGGAGAGGGAGGGAAGAGAGGGAGGGAAGAGAGGGAGGAGAGGGAGGGAAGAGAGGGAGGGAAGAGAGGAGGAGAGGGAAGGAAGAGAGGGAGGGAAGAGAGGGGGAAGAGGAGGAGAGAGGAGGGAAGAGAGGGAGGGAAGAGAGGAGGGAGGAGGGAGAGAGGGAGGGAAGAGAGGGAGGAGAGGGAGGAGAGAGGGAGAGAGGGAGGGAGAGAGGAGGGAAGAGGGAGGAGAGAGGAGAGAGGGAGGAGAGGAGGAGGGGAGGAAGAGAGGAGGGAAGAGAGGGAGGAGAGGGAGGGAAGAGAGGGAGGGAAGAGAGGGAGGAGAGGGAGGGAAGAGAGGGAAGAGAGGGAGGGAGGAGGGAGAGAGGGAGGGAGGGAGAGAGAAAAAUACAGAUUUAUGGUAACAGCAGCAAGUGUUAGAUCAGAAAAUGUGGAACAGGCAGAACAGAAGUAACAAGCUCGUAUUACAGCAACUACACCAUUUCUACACCCAGAACAUGAUGGCACAUUAAAUACACCGCCCAUUACAUCCUAACAACCCUUAGCUACAAGAUAACACACUAAUUGUGUAUACUGCAUUGCACACAACCAUGUCUCUCUUU